AUGGCUCUGACCCUGGAGAAGGUCGUGGGGACAGCUGCCGACCGAUCAGAGAAGGUGUGUGAGUGGGUGCCUCCAGAGAAUCUGCAGGAGCUGUUGGACUUGGAUCUGGGAGACACAGGAGAGAGUGAGGAGAAACUGCUGCAGAGAUGCAGAGAUGUCAUCAAGUACAGCGUCAAGACGGCCCACCCUUGUUUCUUUAACCAGCUUUAUUGUGGGUUGGAGCCUUACUCUUUGGCUGCCAGCUUCAUUACAGAGGCCCUCAAACCAAGCAUCUAUACCUAUGAGGUGGCCCCAGUCUUCACUCUGAUGGAGACAGUUGUCCUGAAGAAGAUCAUUGAAGUAGUAGGAUGGGAAGAUGGAGAUGGAAUCUUUAAUGCAGGUGGGUCUCUGUCCAACAUGUAUGCCAUAAACCUGGCCAGAUAUCAUUGCUUUCCUGAAAUAAAGAAGGUCGGCACGUCAGUUUCUCCGAGGCUGGUUCUCUUCACGUCACAGGAGCAUCUCCUCCAAGACUGUUACUCGGCGAAAGCGUCCUACCUCUUCCAGCAGGAUAAGUUCUACGACGUUAGUUUUGACUUCGGCGACAAGUCCAUCCAGUGCAGCAGGAAACCAGACGCUUUCAAGAUCUGGCUCCUGUGGAAAGCUCUGGGCACAAGCCGCCUGGAGCAGAGAGUGGAUCGGGCACUGGCCAUGGCACAGUAUCUGACAGAGCAGAUCAAAGCUCGCCAAGGGUUUCGGCUGCUCCUGGAGCCUGAAUACGCAAACGUGUGCUUCUGGUACAUUCCCCCAAGUCUGAGAAAUGUUCCUGACGGUCCUGACUUUUGGAAUCCAUUGCAAAAGGUGGCGCCAAUGAUAAAGGAGCGGAUGAUUAAGAAGGGCAGUCUGAUGGUCGGGUACCAGGCGCACGGGGACAAGGCAAACUUCUUCAGGAUGAUCAUUAUCAGUCCUCAGGUCUGCACUGAAGAUAUGGACUUUGUGCUGGAUGAGAUCCACCGUUUGGGACAUGAUCUGUGA